GUAAGAUGUAGUCGAGUCCGCCAUUGUACUAGGGAGUUAGGGUUCGGAUACUAGGUGCAGCUAGAGAACGUUUUCUCAGAGCGAUUCCCACGUUUCAUAACUCGCGUCGGAUCACCCAACAGAUCGCGGGAAAAAAACUAUUUAGUAAUUUUGCGCUGCGAUUUUGGGUAUUCUAUAACCACUGUACGCAAUUCGAAAUAUUAUUCAACGGGAGGGUAUGGACAAAACGCCACAGCAAGCUGUGACGCUCAUCGCAAGCGGUGAUCAAGAUGUUUUAUGCACGGCGAUGUUUUCCACACCGCCGCGGCUAACACCGACGGGUAAGAUUAGCCACGCAAAGACGCGUGUCUACGCUCAGCGUUAUCGGAAGGAUUGGGAACAGAUGCCAGAAUUCAAAGGAUGGUUGAGUCCAGUGCCAUUUCAGCCAACUCGCGCCUUCUGCUCACAUUGCAAGAAGAAUUUACAUGCUCAUCGUUUAUCGCUGCUGAAACAUACGUGUACCAUGAAGCAUCAACGGGCUGCUCUAAUGCACGAACAGGAAAAGAAAGAAGCAAAGGAUGGCAUACCUGAAGUAGGGCUUGCCAUUGAGGUUGGCGAAUACGAAAACGAGGAAGAUAUCGAGUACAUUGUUGAGAAAUUGGAUACUGAUGAGGAAGAAGAAUCAAUGAGGGAAUACAAAGAAGAAUACAAAGAAGACUACAAAGAAGAUAUAGAAACUAACGAGAAAAGAGAGAUAGAUCAAGAUCUUUGUGCACAGUUGCAAUCUGAUGAUGAGAAUUCUGAACCUGUAAUAAAGAAGAUCAAAUUAUCCGAGGAAAAAUGUCGAGAUCCUCUGGCCGAAGCGAUGGCACAUGUUCACAAUGAAUAUCUUGAAGAAGUCGUUGAUCAGAAUAAUGUACAGAUGGAGAUGGUGAUAGAAUCAACUGAAGCUGAUACAUCUAUUUUAUCUGAUUCGAUGAACAAAAAAGAGUUACUUGAGGAUGAAAAGACUGUAAAUCAUUCUGAAACAAAAGAAAAAAUUCUUGAAGGGGACAGUAAAGAUGACCCGACCUCCUCGGAGCCGAUAUUGGAUACGACUUAUGAAACAAAUAUUUCACCACCAACUCAGAAUAAUCUCAAUUUCGUACCUAUCGUGCCCAACAUCAUGAGGAACAAAACUGUCACUUUGAUGUGCGGUAGCAAAGCUUUCAAGUUAAGCGGUGGCCAGUUUCAACCAGGCACGCAAUACGUUUUGACGAAGCUCAAGGGCAAGCCAGCCACACUGAUGCCGAUAGCCGAUUCGAAGAAGAUUACCGCGGCGACUGAAACUAAAGCCAAAGUGUCGGAAACAUUCGCUCCCAGCACCAGUUCCAGUCAAUCGCCGGCUGUUCCCAGUACCAGUACCCCGCAAUCAGCUAAUACUAAAACACCGUUAUAUAAAAAGACUGUUACGGGAAGACAAUCUGUAAAAUCCUCUGCAUCGAAAAAGUUGCGCAUUUCCACAUAUGUUGUGGACACCACCAAGGGAGUUCCGAUUGGCGGUUUACAAGUCAGCUUGUACAAAUUAUUGGAUGGAAAAUGGACUUUCUUGAAUGAAAGCAAUACAGCUGCGGAUGGUCACUGCAUGGAUCUGCUAGAGAAGAUAAAUUCCACGAGCGGCCGUUACAAGUUGCAUUUCGAUGUUGAUAAGUAUUUCAUACUGAGAAAAAUAGAAACCAUGUUUCCGUUCGUUGAGAUUGUGUUUGACGUGAAGAAUCCGAAUAGUCAUUAUCAUAUGCCUCUUUUGUUGAGUCCGUUUGGUUACUCAACUUAUCGUGGCACCUAAAUAUGUAAGGUUUAGGCAAUAUAUUAUAGUAUAAGUUUUUAUUUGACACCAUAAUUUUUUAAAUGUUUGUAAUUAUACAUAAAAAAAGUUUA